CCUCAUCUUCGUGGAGGCGAUUAAAGAAGCCAACGAAUUGUCUCUUAUGCUACAUAACCUCUUCUUUACAAGUGCUUUCCUCCUGUGCUUCCGUUUGCUUUCCAUUUUCCAAGCUCACCCUUCUCUCUCUCCUUCUUCCAUUAUAUAUAUGAAUGGAUUUUCCAAUACCCAUUGCCUUAAAAGCAAAAAGCUAAGACCAACCCAGAGAGAGAUUACGUAGAUAUUUAUAUUCAAUACUUAUCUCAUUAAAGACGAAGAUAUUGCCUUUAAGUGUCCAUUACUUGUUUUUUUAUGUUUGAAACCCACAAAGGAAAACCAAUGGCUUGGAGUUUCAGAGAUAGGAAGAUAAACCCUUGGUUGUUGAGGCUUCUGCUACUAUUCAUUUUGGCUGUUUAUAAAACGACGGCGUAUGGAGAGAUCAGAACGCAGCACCAGCAGCAAGAACAACAGCAGGACCAGCGACAGCGUCACAGAAACGCCUAUGCAACGAUGAUGUACAUGGGGACUCCAAGGGACUACGAGUUCUACGUAGCUAUACGUGUCAUGAUCAGAUCCCUUGCUAGACUCCACGUGGACGCUGAUCUCGUCGUCAUUGCCGCCGUCGACGUCCCCCUCCGUUGGGUUCAUGCCCUGGAACAGGAAGACGGAGCGAAGGUGAUACGAGUUGAAAAUGUGAAUAAUCCGUACAAGAACCAAGACAAUUUUGACAGAAGAUUUAAGUUAACGCUGAAUAAACUCUAUGCGUGGAGUCUGGUGGACUAUGACAGAGUGGUUAUGCUUGAUGCCGAUAACCUCUUCCUCCAAAACACUGACGAGUUGUUCCAAUGUGGACAAUUCUGUGCAGUCUUCAUCAACCCCUGCAUUUUCCAUACUGGGCUCUUCGUGUUACAGCCAUCAACGGUGGUGUUUAAGGACAUGCUUCAUCAGUUGGAUGUCGGACAAGAUAACCCUGAUGGUGCAGACCAGGGUUUUAUUGGUGGCUACUUUCCGGACCUGCUUGACAAGCCGAUGUUCUAUCCUCCUCCUAAUGGCACUAAACUUGAAGGAUCUUACAGACUUCCUCUAGGCUACCAAAUGGAUGCCACUUAUUAUUAUCUCAGACUCCGGUGGAAUGUACCCUGCGGGCCUAAUAGCGUGAUUACUUUCCCAGGUGCACCAUGGUUGAAACCAUGGUACUGGUGGUCAUGGCCUGUUCUGCCACUAGGCCUUCAAUGGCAUGAACAACGCCGUCAAAAUCUCGGAUACGGAGCAGAGAUACCCAUGGUAUUUAUUCAGACUCUAUUAUACCUAGGAAUAAUUGCCGUGACUCGCCUAGCUCGACCAAAUCUCUCCAAGCUUUGCUACCGGCGAACAGACAAGAACAUCUCCUUGGUACAUGCUGGUUUGAAAUUGCUAGCGAUAUGGUCAAUCCUAGUAGCCUAUGUACUCCCCUUCUUUAUUAUUCCUUGUACAAUUCACCCAGUUGUAGGUUGGGCAGUAUACUUGCUUGGCUCAUUCGCGCUUUGCUCUGUAGCGAUCAACACGUUUACGCUGCCAUUGUUGCAUGUCUUGACUCCAUGGUUAGGGAUGUUUGGAGCACUUCUGGUCAUGGCAUGUCCUUGGUACCCUGAUGGGGUUAUAAGAGCUUUAGCAGUCUUCGGCUACGCUUUCUGCUGUGCACCUUUUGUCUGGGCAUCAUUAGUCAAGGUCAUGACACUUGAAAGGGAGGUUUUCUUCCCAAUAUUGGGUGAAUCUUCGCCGCCUUCUGGAUUCAACAAAUUGUAUUAAGGGAUAAAUAUAUUAUAAAUUGAAUUCAGGGCAUCUUCUUGAUGAUUCUUUUGCAGAUUUUAAAGGCGAACAAUCACGAAUAUAGGGAAGUUUGAUUUUACAUAAAGCUUCCUUGGGUUGUGCAUAGUUUCGAAUUCAACAUCUAGGCAAAAGAGGCCAGGGGUUUAGCAGCUACUUCAGAAAAGAAUGCCUGUGUAUUGGGCAUACCAUUAUUUCAUUGAAUUUAUAGCGUAGUCAAAGGAAUCUAUAUUCCUAGAACGUUGCUUGCUUCUUAAUUAGCUGGGAUUAUUUAUGUUACCAUUGGAUCUGAUUGAGGAGAAUGUGAGAAGUGAUCUUUUGUAAUUUUGCAGAUGCUUCGCAGUAUACACAUCAAUAUCAUUCUUCUUUCUUUUCUCC